AUUUGUUAUCUGCAUGUGCUUACAGGUACAGUAUUUACAUUGUUACAAGUGCUAAUUAUUGUGUAUAGGUAAUAUAAGUGUGAUUACAAGUACAGUAUUGACAUUUUUACAAGUGCUAAUUAUAAUAUAUAAGUGAUGUAGGUGUGUUUACAAGUACAGAAUUUACAUUGUUACAAGAGCAUUAUUUACAUUAUUACAAGUGCCAAUUAUAAUAUAUAAGUAAUAUAGUAUAAUGUAAUAUGACAUAAUAUAAUACAAUAUAAUAUAAUAUAAGUGUGUUUACAAGUACAGUAUUUACAUUGCUACUAGCGCCGAUUAUAAUAUUUAAGCGGGCACGUAAUAUCCUCUAUUACUCUUCAUCUUAUUUAUGAUAUUCCACAGGACUCCCAUCAACUAUCUACUUGUAAACCUGGCUGUAGCGGAUGCCUUGUAUGCGACCUUUAUUACACCGGGGACAUUCUUCAAGAUCACUCCCACCCACCCAGAAGGGAUAGCUGGAACAGUUUUAUGUAAAAUAAUAACAGGUGGAAACCUCGCAUGGAUUGCUGGAACCUCCUCGGUGGUUACUUUGGCUGCAAUUGCCGCUGAACGAUAUUAUGCAGUAAUCUAUCCUGUUGGUAACGUAGGAAAACUUACCAAGCGUAAACUGAAGGUGCGUCAAUGACAAAGUUUAAUUAUUACUAUUAGUAUGUACCGAACCAGUGGAAUAUGUUUUUUACUCAUUCUGAUUGGGUACUCAAAUUAAUUCGAAAUAGUCAGGCAUUUGUGAAAAGGGUCUAUAAGCAAAAUGCUUUCUUUGUUUUGUACCGUAACUGAAGAAGACAUUUUGGCAGUCUAUGAGGCAGCUGCCCCAUUACUCAGGUAUUCCUUUUCCUUCCCUCUGGAACUAGAGCCUUGAAUACGAACCUCCAUCCAUGCCCAUGCCAGAGCUGGUCUUCCUCUUUUCCUUUUUCCCUGAGGGUUCAAAUCCAAGGCUUAGCGGGUGACGUCGGUCUUCUCUUUGCGUAGCUCACGUACGAUCCAUUUUCACCUUCUGUUCUUGAUGGUACUGGUGAUGGGUGCCUGCCCGAUUUUUCGCACGAGUUCUUGGUUAUACAUACGCUCUGGCCAUCUGAUGCGCAAAAUCUGACGGAGACAGAUGUUCAUUAAGACCUGCAUUAUGUAGUCCAAGUUCUUAGUGCGCCUCCAGGUUAACGUUACUGCCCCGCACGGAAGAACUGAUUUGUCAUUGCUGUUGAAUAGUCUCAGUUUAGUACCCCAGCUGAGGCUCUUCCUCCUCCAUACUGAUCUAGGGUGGCAAAGACUUGACGUGCUUCGUGCUGUCCCCAAUAAGACAAAGAAAACUACAAGAUUUGGCUUGGCAGUAUUUACAAGUACAGAUUUAUUAUUCUUAGCCGUGAAGUUAUCGGUGAAAACCGGCAUAAAACGAUUUGUUCACGCUUCAGAUGUAGAACAACUUCGAAAAUUAAAAGCAGCUUAAGUGUCAUUGUUUAUAGGUUAGCGAUAUUAAAACUAUGAAAUUCAUAAAAUGUCUUAACUCGAGGUGGUUUCAAAAUCAAGAAUACUUUACAAUUCCUUUUGAUGAAAUGUCGCCGGCUCGGCGAAUAUUAACCACUAGCAACCUCGACUAGUACUACGGGUAAUAAUUGUGAACUAUAGAAUUACAAAGAAAGCUUUCAAACCAGUUCCACUGAUCUAACUCAUCACCAGCGUGAUGCGUAAUGCUAUUCCUUGAAAAGCAUCUCUAAAAGAAGCCUUAACGGAACAGGUUUAAAAUAGUAUUUGUGUCGCUAUCUUAAUCGUUUUACGCUUCGCUGUUUCAGGUGAUCAUUCCCGGUUCUUGGAUAUUCGCAUUGAUAGUCUACAUACCAGUGUUCCUAGCCUUAAACGUAAAGGACAAUGCCUGUGCGUGGAGUGAAGAAUGGAUUUCCAAAGUUUAUUUUUCGUACUGGUCAGCCAUUGUAAUUGCGGCCAUGGUACUAAUGGCUGGGUUGUAUUCCAGGAUCGUGUGCAACCUGUGGUUUAAACAUGAUCCCGACAAUCAACUAACCUUCCAACAGAGGGGCGUCUUGAGAGUGCGGAAACGAGUCACUCUGAUGGCGGUAACUGUCACUGCUAUAUUUGGAAUCUGUUGGGCGCCUGACGUAAUUGUGCACAACUUAGGCAGCAACGCAUCUCUCAGUAUCAGUGAAGACGUAUACGCCGUUACUCAUACGCUAAUACUGUUCAGUUCCGCUGUCAACCCAUUUGUGUACGCUCUGGUCAACACAAACUUCCGAGGGAAGCUAAAGGGAAUCUUAUGUUGUAGCUGUACCACCUCCACGGGAUCCACUCGAACUCGAGUUUUUCUACAACAUUUAACCUCCAUGGCAGGGACAUCAUCUUUGGAGUCAUCAAAAAUCAAAAACAUUUCUUCUUUCAAUGCUGCUUUUCUUUGGUUAAAGGAAAAUGCGACGGCAUUAUACAGAUUGAAGAGAUAAAGUUAUGAUAAAUGUUAGCACUUUAAAGUGCCUUGCGAGACAGCAAUUCCCAUCUCUUUCUCUGAGCAGCAAGAGAAGGGAAUCUCUCACAGGGUAUGCAACUUUACAGGAGUAUUACCUUUCAUAGAUCCAGCAGGAAGGUUAUUGCGAUUCUUCAAUUUAGCUCCAAGAGGGGCUAUUUACAUUUGGUAGUAGAAGGGGGCUCGCUAAUUGGAAGAGGGGGCGUUUCUUCGUUUUUCAUAAAUAUCACAAUGUGCCACAGUACUUUAAUGAAAAACAGAAAUUUUAAC